AUGUUCAAGUUCAACCCGGCGGCGCAGUGGCCCGGAGCCAUGCAGCCACCACCGUUCCAGCACGCCGUGCCCGCGGGCGUGCCUCUGGCGCCGCAGUCUGGCAUCCCGGUCCGCACUGUGUGGGCGGCGAACCUUGACGCCGAGACGGCCGCCCUACGCGCCUUCGCCGCCCACUACCCGGGCGUCGUCCACGCUGCGCCGCCGCAGGCCGACCACAACGCGCUCACCAAGGAGCAGCGUUACGCGGCGAUCAGGGCCAACGCCGACCGCGCCGCCGACCCACACGCGCCGGGCUCCCUCGAGUACCUCGAGGCGCGCGGCAUGGACCUUAACGCCCACCGCGCCCACGGCAUCCCCGCGGUGAGGCUCACCUGCGCGCUCCACGGCUGCGGCUUGCUGCGCCGGCCGGGGCUCUCGUGGGUCGCCUACGCCUAG